GGCAAUGGCUUGGCGAUGUUGCCACCUAUAUUUGGAUAUGCAAUGUUAUGUCGCGGGAUGCACAAACAGCAACGACCGACAAGCAAAUGUCCGCGAUCCACCAUGCUACUUCGAACCUUGCCUCAGACCGCCGGCUGAAGAUCAAUGGCUGAACAGAUCGCUUCAUCUCUGUGUCCGGCCGCGGCGACACUUGCCUCUAGCCCGGGAUCCGGUAGGUACAAAUAGCCUGAUAGAAUUGCCAGGACGAGAUCACUUCCAGGACGGUUAAUCAACGUCACACCACCAAGUUCAUUAGUGUCUUGCUGCAUCCUGCCGCAUCAGAUUUAGCCAGAAAGCGGGAAAUAGUGAGAGUAUAGUACCUUGCUCGGUCAAAGUCCUGGUUCGGGAAACACGCCAGGGCAGACAUCACCUUCUCUUCGUUGUGGAUGUUAGUGAAUGUUCUAUCAAGUUCUUUUGAACAGUUGGUUUCUGCUCGAAUCGAGUUGAAGGCGUUUCCUAAGGAGAAGGCAUAGUCCUGUGGGACGGAUUGCGAAGUCUAUCAUCUUUAGCUAGAGAGUUAGACCUCAAUAGUUACGUCCCUUACCUUGGACUAGCGUUAGACCACAGCUGUGGGUGUUGUGCGUGCGUUUUAGAACAGGACAAGCCACAAGUGUGACGUAUCCUGGUGGAUCCAUUGGUGGUUGGUUUGCGGAUUGGAUAUCGUAUUCAGCUCGAGCAGACAUGAAGAGUCUGAUGUCUUCACGGUGGAGUUUCCAUGCACUUCGGGCAUGCGUUCUGCUGUGUCUAAUGGCUACAGGAUCAUGGUGUAUGCCGACAUCGUUAUCUGAGUUCAACUGUAACUUUGACAAUCGCCAAUGCAGAGUACAAUGGAGAACAGGCAGCCAGCCCGGUGCAACAUGGUCGUGGUUGGCAGAACAAGGGAGUACUCCGUCUCGGGGAACUGGACCUGCGGUGGACAAGACCACGGGAACAGCGCAAGGAACGUACAUGUUCUUCGAGGCAAGCUACCCUCGUCGUCAAGGCGACCGUGGUGAGCUGAUGAGUCCCAUGUUGCCGGCGGUUACGAAUGGCUGUCGGCUGCGCUUCUCCUACCAUAUGUAUGGCAGUGGGAUGGGUUCGUUGAGAGUGUUGGCUGUGCAUACACCGGGUCAGAGACCCAGACCACAGGUAUUUUCCGUGUCGGGUAAUCGUGGCAAUCGGUGGCACACAGCCACUGUUAAUCUUCCGGCCAGCGAGGGAGAUUUCUUCAUCAUCUUCCAGGCUAUCCGCGGUACACGCUUCAGCAGUGACAUUGCCAUCGAUGAUGUAGAGUUUGUCGGCUGCACCGGUUUGCCUUCUACGUCUGCAACAACAGCUCCUCCAGGAACAUCUUCUAGGGUUCGCCUGGUUGGUGGUGCCAAUGCAAUGUCUGGCCGUGUGGAGGUUUACCACCUGGGAGAGUGGGGUACAGUGUGCGAUGAUCAAUGGGAGAUCCGUGACGCUAACGUUGUGUGUCGCAGUUUAGGCUAUGGCCUGGCAGAGUCAGCUCAGUGCUGUGCGUCUGCUGGUCGUGGCAGUGGUAGAAUCUGGAUGGAUGAACUCAGAUGCAAUGGUCAGGAAUCGUCGUUGACGGACUGUAUCUUCAAUGCCUGGGGAGCACAUGACUGUGGCCAUGGAGAAGAUGCUGCUGUUGUCUGCUCGGGUGCACUGCCCACGCGUCCAACGGUAGAUCCCACUGCUCCUCAAGCUGACCUGGUGUUCAACGACGCAGAGAUGCUCAGCUCCAUGAAUCUCUACAUCGAACAGCUGACUGCCGAGCAGGUGAUCUGCAGUGCCGAGGAGAACUGCCUCAGUGUCACGCGGGCAGAUAUACUACAGGCCAGUGCAGGUGGACGUCUAUCCAGUCGCCAUCUCCUCAGAUUCACUACAUCGGCGUGGAAUCGAGGCAGCGCCGACUUUACACCACCUCCAGCCGAGCCACAGUGGCAUGCGUGUCAUAGGCAUUAUCAUUCCUUUGAUGACUACGCUACGUAUGACCUGGUUGACUCUGCAGGUGUGAAGCGGGGAUUCGGUCACAAGGCUAGUUUCUGCCUGACAGACUCAGCAUGUGAUCCCGGUGUGCAGCCAAAGUAUGAAUGUGGACUCAACAACCAGGGUAUUUCCAUCAACUGUUCCGAUGCAUACGGUGCUAAUCUAGACUGCCAGUGGGUGGAUAUGACGGGGCUGUCGCCUGGAGUCUAUUGGCUGACGGUACACAUCAACCCUGCACGCAUUGCCCCAGAGGAACGCUAUGAUAACAAUGAUGCCACCGUCAUGUUCCACUACACCGGCACAACCAUCACAGGAAAGCGACUUGUCUCGGGACCUCCACAGGGAAAUUCCAACACACAAGGAUCUGCUACUCCGACUACUCAACCCCAACCGAUCACAACACAAGCACCAUCUGGUCCAGAUGUUCGUCUUGUCAGUCGUGACAAUAACACACUGAGUGGACGUGUGGAAGUACGCGUCAACGGCGUGUGGGGAACGGUUUGCGACGAUCGCUGGGACUUCAAUGAGGGCAACGUCGUGUGCAGACAGCUUGGUCUGGGAUACGCCACGGACGUCUCAUGCUGUGGACAGGAAGGUAAUGGAGCCGGUCAGAUCUGGCUUGAUGAGUUGCAGUGUGCUGGAAAUGAACAAUCACUGACGGGUUGUCGUCAUUCUGGUCUUGGUAUUCAUAACUGUCUGCACUCAGAGGACGCGGGUGUUACCUGCUCAGGUUCGGGCACUACACCGCAGAGUACAACAUCUCGACGUGUACGUCUGGUGGGUGGUCCGAAUCAGCUGAGUGGCCGUGUUGAAGUGUUUGCACAGAACCAGUGGGGUACUGUGUGUGAUGAUCACUGGACACUGACAGAGGCUGCCGUGGUCUGCAAACAACUUGGUCUUGGCAACCCACUGGCUGCACAUUGCUGUAGUAACCACGGUCAGGGUACAGGAUCUAUCUGGCUGGAUGAUGUACGCUGUACAGGCACUGAGCAGUCACUACUGCAGUGCAGUCAUCCCGGUCUUGGACAACAUAACUGUGCGCACAGUGAAGACGCCAGUGUAGCUUGUGCUCCUGCAUCAUCGGGUUCAUCUGGCUCGGUUGGACAAGCACCGCUUCCUGCAUCCACUACCUCCGAGUCCACCACCACCACCACCUCGCAAUCUACCACUGGUGCAGCGGCAGCGACAACUACAGCCACCACAGACACUGCUGUGUCAAGCUCAGCUAGCUCAGUCGACGACGUCUCCACAGAAUCCAAUCACGUGACUGCACCAGCAAGCGGCUGCUUUGCGCCAGGGAUUCCCCAGAACGGUGGUCGUACCAGCAACCCUGGUGAAGUGUACCAGGUGAAUGACACGGUGACGUACAACUGUGAGAGUGGCUAUAGUCUGAUUGGUGAUAUCACACGCUCGUGUCAACCGUCAGGACAAUGGACUGGAACGUUACCUACAUGUCAAGCAUCAUGAGGUUGAGGACUGACCAGCACGAGCACAGGCACGUCUGCAACGUUCGGCUUGAGCCAUAUUCAUUGACGAACUGGAAGGCACGUGGCAUGCUGUUUGACUUUGCCACUGGCAUCUGUAUGUGGAGUCAAGUAGGUCAACAGUGUCAUCUGUAUGAUACCGAUGUACUAUGCCGAAGCUAGCAGAAUAGGCAUGCAUGCAUGCACUGUGCCCUGCCAGCGAUGUGACACACAGUCAGGCCAUGUGCCAUAUAAUAUUAUUUGUUAUGAUUGCACCACACAGUAUGUUUGCUUGCCAUUUCAACAGCACCGCUGGUCUCACAGCAUCAUGAUCUCUAACGAAUGAGACACUUGAAUUCUGCUCAUUAUCGCCAAAUAAAGUUGUGAAUCUUUCAUGUAUUAAUUCACUGCGUUUACCCUGAUAUGCAUGAUAACUACUCACGCAUGUUAAAUUCUAUCCAUGGACAUCGUGACGUAUGUUCUAUAAUAUGAAUAAUGCAGUUCUGCAAGCUGUGAGAUGAGAGUUAAUCAUAUGAGAACCUCCAUGGUUGCUCGCCUAAAAACGCAGUUAUAACGGUUUGUUGAAACAUAUUGACUGUGGCGUGA